UCUUUUGUACCAAUUUUGCGAUGUUUAUUUUUUAUCAUUUUCAUUAUUUCACCGAAGCAUUUUUAAUUAUCAUAUCUACUUUGUCUGUUGUUAUUGGUUUAAUUUUUAUAUACACGAUUCAAAAAGUUGUUGAGGAUUUCAAGUUUUGCAAUUAUUACCCAAGCCCCUAUUUUAUAUCAGCUUUAAAAUUUGCGGCUGGUUCUGCUUUAUGCAUCUUCCUUUAUAUGUUACUCUAUUUUAAAUCGUACACAAUUCAAAACUUAACACCACGAUUAGCAUAUUUAGCGCUUCUUAAAAAUAUAGCUUUCAUUCUCCCAAUGAUAUUAAUACUGAUGUAUCAAUGUUACACCUCGUCAAAACCAAAGAAAAAACAGUCAUGUUUAGCAAAAAUGACUGAAGCCGUUUCCCCUUCAAAAGCUUGGGGGCCUUUGGAUGUCUUGGCAAAAAAAGCUCGGAAAAAAUAUUACUCCAAAAGAGAUGAAAUUUACCACCAAACCAAGCUCACUAAAUGCGCCCAUAAUUGUUUAUUACACGAGAACAGUUUAGAAGAAAUAAAUCAUUACGGAACCAUCAAUUUGGAAAAGUUACAAACCAAAAUUGAAUCGCAAAAAGCUACAGAAGAAACAGAGAUGAUUUUAAGGGAAAUUCAACAAUUUACUAAAGCUAAACAUGUAGAGAAAUGAAAUCAUAAAAAAGU